GUGCUGCGAGUGUAGAGAGGCAGGCAAGGCAACACGACACCACCACACAAUCAAUCAAACAAAGAAAAAGAAAAAAAAAGAGACACAUCACAUCUCUCUCCUCGCUCGCUCGCUGCCCGAAUCCUUCCAUCCAUCUCAUCCCCUUCCUCGCCGCCGCGCGCGCCCAUGGAUUCCGCCGUGCGACCGCCGCCCGUCGACGAGGAGGACGCCCGCCGCCGCCGGAGCACCGACUGCAUCUACUUUCUCGCCUCCCCGUUGACCUGCAAGAAGGGAAGUGAAUGUGAGUACCGUCAUAGUGAUGCUGCCAGGGUGAAUCCUAGGGAUUGUUGGUAUUGGUUCAAUGGCAACUGUGCUAAUCCUAAAUGCUCAUUCAGGCACCCGCCAUUGGAUGGCCUGAUCGGAGCACCCACAACACCACGAACAUCUCAACAAUCUGCACCGCAGGCACAGCCUGCUCAAGCCCCUGUUUCUAAUCCUACAAGUGGCAUAGCCAAGCAAGGAGUGCCAUGCUAUUACUUUCAAAAAGGCAUGUGUGCAAAGGGGGAUAGGUGUGCCUUCUUGCAUCUGCCACAGACUACUGGAAAUCCUGCUCCUCAGCACACGGCAAAGGUUUUUGCUCCUGCUUCUGUGCCUCAUCCUCAGUUGAAGAACUCAUGGACAAAACCGAACGCUUCUGCUCAGCAGAAUGCACCUCCUGCCACAUUUGGCAGGCCUAAGGACAGUGCUCAUAAUGGCAAGCCUGCUCAGAAGCCAAGUUUGACAAACAGGCCUGAUCACUCAACAGGAAUUAUUCAUGAUAAAAGUUCUUACAUGCCAUCUAGUGUAACAAAGAAUUACCGGCCUCUGCCUACAAUUGGAGAUGAUUUAGCUGAAAAUGGUAUGGAGAUGGGUGAAUUUGUGAGGGAGCCAUCUGCUGGUUCUGAUGUUCUUACUGGUGGUGCUGAUGACAAUGCUGAACAGUCACUCAGGGAAGACCGCAGUACUUACCGUCGUACUAAUGGGGAUCAGCACAUUGGGGUGCUUAGGCAAACUCAUGGUAAUUAUGGAUUUGAAAGGUCACACAGAAGCUCAUCUGAGAAAUUGUUGUCAGAGAGUAGGUUUUCCCACAGAGAGCCCAUGCCUUCGCCUGCAGACAAUUCAGAUUUGCGCCAAAGGCUAUUGAAGCAAAGAAGGCUCAAUAAUCCAAGAUCGGGACAUGUCUCUGAUAGGCAUAAUAUCUAUCUUGAGGAUGAACGACAUGACCAUCAUCGUCGACGUGGUGAAGAGCAGGCUUCCCACGACGGUGUCUCAAGCUCUCGAUUGAAGGGUAGAAUAAAACUUCCAGCGGAAACAUCAUUUGACAGACUUGGCUUACAGCCAGAGAAGGAAAGAGAAAGAGGGCCUCGAGCUAGAUCCCCGCCACCAAAUCAAACAGACCUUAGAGGGAAGCUUCAUGAUAGGCUAAAGGCUAGACCAAAUGAGGAUGUGUCUGCCAAUGUAAAAAGUUCUUUGGCAAAGGCAAAUAGUGGUGAAGAUGCUGACUCAUUGAACUUUGCUGGCCCAAAGAGCCUUGCAGAGCUGAAAGCAAAGAAGGUUGUCGGCAGUACAGGUGGACAUUCUGUAAAGAGUGCUGGUUCUUUAGCAGGGCCAGUUCGAAUGACAUCCGAAAUAGUUGCCGUCAAGGAAUCUUCAGACCUUGUUCCGUUUGAUGGCCCAAAACCGUUAGAUGCUAUCUUGAAGAGAAAAAGAGAGGCAGAUCCUCGAAAUGCUACUGAUUCUGGCAACAGGCUGGAAGAACACACCAUUGGAGAUGAAGGAUCUCAGUUCCAGAACAACGAGGAAGACAUAGUUGGGACAAACACUGAGGGAAAUGAAGAAGCCUACCAAGCUGAUGAUGAUUUGGUGUAUGGAGAUAGCAUGUCUCCUGCUGAUGACAUUGCUGCUGAAACUGCAGACGAUGCAAGGAAGGAACUGGAGGAGCAGCAAAAUACAGAGCCAGCAGAAGAGUACGACUAUGAGAUGGAUGACGUAAAUGCAGAGGACGAAAAUGACUACCAGGAGUAUGAAGACGAUGAUUUGGAGGACGAUGAUGAUUUUGCGCGCAAAGUGGGUGUGAUGAUCUCGUGAGGUACGACGCCUUAAGCAACAGUAGGUGUGCCACUAUGGUAGACCUACAAAUGAGUGACGAAGAAAUAUGUGUUAGCAUCUUCCUCCCAUGAUCUUGGUCUGUUUUCUUCUGGCGCUAGAUACUUUUAGUUCACUACGCCGAAGGCUUCAGCUAAUAAAGUUGGGAGGAAGAUAAAAUUGGCUCAUCGGAGGGCUUGUGUUCCAGACAAGCGUCUGGUUGUACUCUAAUGUGCGGUGUGCUCUCCUGUUUGUGUUGUAUCAUUGAUUAAAUCAAAAUGACAUAACAGGUUACACAAUGUACUUCUAUUUAAUCAUUAGUGCAUAAGAUGAUAACAGGUGAAGCCUUUGCUGGUGGAGAAUAUACAUUGUUCUACCCUCCAGAUUUAUUAUUUCUUUAUUUUCUUUCGAAUUGUGUAUCUUGUAACGUAAUUUUGUGUCGUUUUUGUUGGGUUGAAUACAGCAGAUGGUUCGCCUGCAUAUAUAUAUGCACAAGAAAAAAAAGAAUAUGCCACC